AUGGGCGGCCCUACCCCGGUGGGCAGGAGAAGCUUGCGUCACAUAAAACCACACAUGAACAUUUUUACAAAAAUUAAAAACUACACCGUGAAGGCGAUUUACAAAACGAAGCUGCUCACCUACGUAAACGACAUAAACAACCUAAACCUGCGGAACGAGAAAAACGAAUUUUAUUUAAUCGCCUUACCCCUAAGUGAUAAGUUCAACCCCUUCGUCGGUACCUUUUGCCACAACAAUAUCCAGUACAGCGACAAGGCGUCCCUCCCUGUGUUCAUAUAUGACAUUCUCCUCAACAAGCACAUCGAGGUGCCCUGGAAUUUCGUCAUUGAAAAAGUGGACAUUAAAAAAACCCCAUUUUACAAAAAUGUGCACAUGUCCGAUACGAAUGCUGUCUCCACGUACCCAAAUAUUAACAAGUUAGACAGAGUAUUUAUAAACGUAUUAGAUUUCAAGGCCAACAAAAAUUUCAUUUUUUUGCCCACGUGGAUCAUGCAAACACUGCAGCUGAGCUGCUUCGAUGUCGUGCGGAUCCGAUUCGCCAAACUGGAGACUGCGUCCAGCGUUGUCCUACAACCACACCAUAAGAAAUUUUUCAAUUUAAGUGAACCAAAGAAAACCCUGGAGGAGAAACUGCGGUACUACUCUUGCCUGACAAAAAACAGCACCAUCUGUAUAAACCACGACGGCUUCGACUACCACUUUGACGUCAUCAAGAUGGACGCAGGAGAAAAAAAAGACGUCGAAGUAGCCUCCAUUCAAGAUGCAGACGUAAUCUUCGAUUUCGUAAAGGAAAAAUACGACAAGUGA